AUCCAUUCCUCUGUCACUGGACAUUUAGGUUGCUUCCAUGUCUUGGCUGUUGUGAAUAGUGCUACAGUGAACGUAGAGAUGCAUGUAACUUCUCUUUGGCUAUGCCUGCAGCAUGCAGAAGUUACUGGGCCAACUAUAAAACUCAAGCCACAUCAGUGAUAACAUCAGAUCCUUAACUACCUUGCUAACAGGGAACUCCCUGCAUGUAUCCUUUUGAAUUUAUAGUUUUGUCUGGAUAUAUGUACAGGAGUGGGUUUUCUGGAUGAAGUAGUAACUCUGUCCUUACUCUUCUGAAGAAUCUUCAAACUGUUUCCCAUAGUGACUCUACCGACUUUUAGUGGUAUUUUCUAGUAAGCCCUUUUACAGUAUGGCUUCUGCUAACCUUUCAGCUGUAUCUCCCUUGUAUCUCUUCUCUCCCUUCCUCUCCACCCGCCCCCCCCAAAGACAUAUAUAUCCCAGUCAUAGUUUGUUUCUCUAAACUGGUAAAAUUAGUGUAUCCUCUUUCCCUUCCAGGUCUUCCCACAUGAAGUUCCAUCUAUAUGGAAUAUUUCCUCUCCUGUUUGAACUGUCUUCUGCUCCUUUUCAGUUUUAAAGUUUAGCUGUCAUUUGCUCUGGGAAAUCAUCUUUGAGCCUGAAAGUAUAAACUCCUAUGUGGUUAAUUUCCUUUAUCACAAUAUUUAUUAAGAUGCAUUGCACAUGCCUAGUCUAUUUACUGUUGGCCGUCUGUGUCCUCAGGUUUUGUAGCCGUGGCUUCAGCCAACUGUGCAUGGAAAAUAAUUCAGAAAAGAAAUUUCCAGGCUCGAAUAGCAUUUUUGCAAGGAGAAAGAAAAGGUCAAGAAAACUUGAAGAAGGAUUUAGUGAGAAGAAUAAAGAUGUUAGAAUAUGCAUUAAAACAAGAAAGGGCAAAAUAUCACAAAUUAAAAUAUGGCACAGAACUGAACCAAGGUGAUUUGAAAAUGCCAGCCUUUGAAUCAGAAGAAACCAAAGACACAGAGGCUCCCACAGCACCUCAGAAUAGCCAGUUAACGUGGAAGCAAGGCAGACAACUAUUAAGACAAUAUCUUCAGGAAGUAGGUUACACAGAUACAAUAUUAGAUGUGCGGUCUCAGCGGGUAAGGUCAUUACUUGGACUGUCCAAUUCAGAACCAAAUGGAUCAGUAGAAACAAAGAAUUUAGAACAGAUACUGAAUGGAGGUGAAUCUCCUAAACAAAAAGGACAAGAAAGCAAAAGGCCCUCCGGUGAUGUUCUUGAGACAUUCAAUUUCUUAGAAAAUGCUGAUGACAGCGAUGAAGAGGAAGAAAAUGACAUGAUUGAAGGCAUCCCAGAAGGAAAAGACAAACAUCGGAUAAACAAACACAAAAUAGGUAAUGAAGGUUUAGCUGCUGACCUAACUGAUGAUCCUGAUACCGAGGAAGCGCUGAAAGAAUUUGAUUUUUUAGUGACUGCUGAAGACGGUGAAGGAGCUGGAGAAGCACGGAGUUCAGGGGAUGGCACAGAAUGGGAUAAAGAUGACCUCUCCCCAACUACUGAGGUUUGGGAUGUAGACCAGGGACUAAUAAGUAAACUGAAGGAACAGUACAAGAAGGAACGAAAGGGGAAGAAAGGGGUGAAGAGGGUCAACAGGACAAAACUCUACGACAUGAUAGCUGAUCUGGGAGAUGAUGAGCUGCCCCACAUCCCUUCAGGAAUCAUAAAUCAGUCUAGGUCAGCCUCUACUAGAAUGACUGAUCAUGAAGGUGCAAGAGCAGAGGAAGCUGAACCAAUAACGUUUCCAUCUGGAGGAGGCAAGUCAUUUAUUAUGGGUUCUGAUGAUGUUUUGUUAAGUGUACUGGGCCUUGGAGACCUUGCAGACUUGACGGUAACAAAUGAUGCAGACUAUAGUUAUGAUUUGCCUGCCAAUAAAGAUGCCUUUCGAAAGACAUGGAACCCCAAGUAUACACUACGUAGCCAUUUCGAUGGAGUACGAGCAUUAGCUUUUCAUCCUGUAGAACCUGUGCUGGUUACUGCCUCUGAGGACCAUACUCUGAAACUUUGGAACUUGCAAAAAACAGUUCCUGCCAAAAAGAGUGCCUCUUUAGAUGUAGAGCCUAUCUACACAUUUAGGGCCCACAUUGGUCCUGUUCUAUCAUUAGCUAUUAGUUCUAAUGGUGAACAGUGUUUUAGUGGUGGUAUUGAUGCAACUAUCCAGUGGUGGAAUAUGCCUAGUCCUAAUGUGGAUCCAUAUGAUACAUAUGAGCCAAAUGUUCUAGCUGGCACUUUAGUUGCUCAUACAGAUGCUGUCUGGGGUCUUGCUUAUAGUGGCAUAAAAAAUCAAUUACUAUCUUGUUCAGCAGAUGGCACUAUUAGGUUAUGGAAUCCACAAGAAAAAUUGCCAUGUAUUUGCACUUACAACGGAGACAAGGAACAUGGAAUACCUACAUCAGUUGACUUUAUAGGCUGUGAUCCAGCUCAUAUGGUGACCUCAUUCAACACUGGUAGUACAGUAAUUUAUGAUUUAGAAACAUCACAGUCGUUGGUGAUGCUUUCAUCACAGAUAGAGUCUGGUUUACAAUCCAAUAAUCACAUUAACAGAGUAGUAAGUCAUCCCACACUUCCUGUUACAAUAACUGCUCAUGAAGAUAGACACAUCAAAUUUUUUGACAAUAAAACGGGUAAAAUGAUCCAUUCUAUGGUAGCUCAUUUGGAUGCUGUUACAAGUCUAGCAGUAGAUCCUAAUGGAAUCUAUUUGAUGUCUGGAAGCCAUGACUGUUCUAUUAGAUUGUGGAAUCUGGACAGCAAGACAUGUGUGCAAGAAAUAACAGCACAUAGGAAGAAAUUAGAUGAAUCAAUUUAUGAUGUUGCUUUCCAUCCAUCAAAAGCAUAUAUUGCUAGUGCAGGGGCUGAUGCCCUUGCCAAAGUAUUUGUGUGAAUCAACAAAAACUGGCAUCACAACAACAGAUUUGCUUGGACACAGAGGGUCUACAUCACUGCCAUUAAAACUUACUGAUAAAUGACACUACAUGUGAUCUGCCUGGUGAAGGCUAUUUGGGGCAGGCAUAAAUUGGUGGAAAUCACAUCUUAAUGUCAGGCUCAUUAAUUUAAUUGUAAUUACUGUAUUUCGUGGGACAAAAAAAGGACUCCAUUAUUUGUGGCCUGUACUGGAUAUGAACUGAGAGUGUCUGUCUUUUAGGUAUCUUUAAGCCAAUGUGGAGUCUGACCUUACAAAAAGACUUUUAUUUUGGACUCUGUGUGCUGCCUUAGGGUUAGGAAUGUGGUGCUCUUGUUGGGGGGAAGUGAGCUCCAAGAGUAGCUUUUUUUUCAUCUCUUAGUGAUCUUCUGUUUAUCAGUUGAAUGCCACAGAUUCCCUUUUAAACUUAUUUUGCUUUACAAAAAGAAAAAAAGAAAAUUUAACUUAAAAUAUUUUAGCAUUAGUUGCACAAAAUGUUUGGAUAAAAUUCUAGUUUUUAUAAGUCUUUUUAUAUAUUUAGCCUGUCACAACAGUGCUCAAGAUUGUAUUGAGGUUUUUCUGCAUUAUACAACCCUAAAACACAGAGAUCUCACUGACCCGCUGCCGUGUAACCACACUUUUUCUUUCUUUUGCCUAAUACAGCUCAGCUAAGUCCUUCCAUAAAGAUGCUAAAUCACCUUCAUCAUCACAUAAUUGUCUUCAUAAACCAAGGACUAUUAAGUGUAUUAAAAUGAAACGGUGGGGUUUAGUACUCCAAAUGAACUCUUAAAAAAGAAAAAAAAAACUAAUCUCGGCAUCCUAUCACUAUGUGAUAUUUUGUACAUCUUACUGUAUUUACAAGUUUAUUUAUCAAGGAUUAUCCAUCUUGCUAAUAGCCUAUUAUUUAUUUCACUUUUUGUUGGUCUUUAUAUCCUUUUAUUAAUGUGCUAAAGGAACCUGUAUAUCUAUUUUGGAACUCUUUGAAUAGUCUAAAAUAGACUAAAAAUGGAGUAUUUUAUAGUUUAAGUUACAAACCAAGGUGAUUCCCCCCUCCCCAGAUACAUAUCUUGUUUUACCAUGAUUCCAAACAAAACUAUCUUGUUUUAAAAUAUUUGGAGUAAAAUUUUAUUUGCAUUACAAAUAGGAUACAAAAUAGUUGAAUCAGGAUACAGAAAUCUGCUGUGUUUGGACUAGUUAUCCCUGUUUUAUUUUUUCAGAUGUGCUUAAUUUUAUGGUGUAACUAAAGAUUUUGUUUGUGUAAUGCAUGAUUAAGACAAUAAAGUAUUUUUUCUAGUCUUCCAAAAAACUUUUCUGAUCAGUUUGCGAGUUUUGAUGAGUUUUGUAAGGUUUUUGUUUUACAAACUAUGAAUCAGCAAAUUUUUAAGAUUGUACCACAUAGCGAACGUACAGCUGUUGAAAAAUAAUGUAUAUAAAAUGCAUAUAAUAAAUAUUAAAUUGUGUACCUGGAUGUUACUGUUGGCUACAUUAUUUUGUGUUGAAUAAUAAAGUGCAAUACUUUACUCUCCAUCACUAAACUAGGAAAUGGA